AUGCAGCCCGUGAGCGAUGAUGAAUCCGGUGACGAAUUGGAUGGCGGGGGAUUGAUCGAUCCUCCGGUCAUCAAAUCGACGAUUUCUGAGGAAAGCUUCAUACCGUACUCUUUGGAUACACAUGCGUUUUCCAAUCAACAGCAAUGUCGGCGGUUACUAAUUCAUGAACAAAAGUUUUCGUCUGCGGAACAAUUUUACAUGUGGACUAAAGCCAAGUUUUGCAAGGACUUUAAUGCAGCAAACGCAAUCCUGUAUUUGAAGGAUCCCAAAAUGAUCAAACAAGUGGACAGCCAACUACACAACCUCGAUGUGAAUAAAUGGAUGAAGUUCUCGUGGAAAGUAAGAAUGAAGGCGGCUAUGGCCAAGUUCAAACAAAACCGACGAAUGCGAUAUCAACUUUUCCGGACGAUUGGAUCGACUUUAGUGGAGGCUGAUGCUGACGACACAUACUGGGGAGUAGGUCUUUCUAUAGAUGAUCCAAAUAUUGCUGAUCCAUCGAAAUGGCGAGGUGCCAAUGUUAUGGGUGAAGUGCUUAUGCAAAUUCGUGAUGUUUUAAAAGAAGAUCCAGAUUAUUCCGAGGAGGUGGAACGUGCGAAGCAGAACCUGCUUGGAAGUCAGUAA